AGCAAUGGGAGUGACUUAGGGCAGUGUGUGUGUGUGUGUGUGUAUGUGUGCUUUUACAGUACAAAUGCUGCAUGCUGUGAGCUAAUGUUUUAACAAGUGCGUGCACACACAGUGUGUGACUUUUUUUGUGUGUCUUUGUGUGUGUGUGUGUGUGUGUAUAUGACAAGCAGGUUGAAAGAUGAAAUUGGAAUUUGGGCCAGAGACCAGGAAUUUGCAUCCUGGAGGGCUAGGGGUGGGUGGGAGGGGGGAGGUUUGGGGGUGUUGCAUGGGGAGGGGUGGGGUGGAGUUUAAGCCCGCCCCUAACUCUCACACACAGUCUUUACACUUAAAUCUGACUCUCUCACACGCACACACGCACACACUUUCACACUCCUGCCAGUCAACCAAGCCAGCUAUCACAGAGAAGAAGAAGGAGAAGAAGAAGAAGAAGAAGGAGGACAGAAAGUGGAAGUGAAAUAAAAAAAGAAGAAACGACAGAAAAGAGAAAGAGUGUAGAGUAAGUGUGUGGGGGCAGCGUUCCAGCGGACGGCUUUCAGAGGAACAUUCCCACUUCACCGCAGGGAGCCUCUCCACAUCCCAGAGCCCGGAGAGAAGAGAUUCCCAGGAAAGAUACUCACACAAGGAGCCAGAUCUCCUGCAACAGCCACAGAGCCAGUCUUCAGGAGGCCUCUGUUUCUUUGCUACCAUCUCUGUGUGUGUCUGUGUGUGUCCGCAGCAGCCCUGCACCCUGUGCGUUUGUGAGUGAGUGUGUGUGCAUGUGAAUGUGAAUGUGUGUAUGCAUGUGUGCAUCAGUGCAAGAGAGAAAGAAACCAGGACUCUAAAUCACCCUCUGAAGUUUUUAGGGCCCUGCACUGUAUAUCACACCAUCCCCGUGUGUGUGUGUGUGUGUGUGUGUGUGAAAGAAAGAGAAAGAACAUGAGGGCUGUGUUUGCGCUGUUAAACGUGUGUGUCGGUCUUCUUCUGUGUGCCCCUGGUGCCAUCUCACAGACUACAACAGCACCCAACACGUACACGGAGUGCACAGAUGGCUAUGAAUGGGAUGCUCAGACUCAGCAUUGUAAAGACAUAAACGAGUGUGAGAGCAUUGCGGACGCGUGUCAGGGGGAGAUGAAGUGUUUUAAUCACUACGGCGGCUACCUCUGCCUGCCCCGCUCCGCCUCUGUCAUCACAGCCCCGGACCCCGUCAGCCAAUCAGAGCAGACCAUACCCAUCGAGGCCAACGAGGCCUUCAACCCCUGCCCUGUGGGCUACGAGCCGCAAGGGGAGAGCUGCAUUGAUGUGGAUGAGUGUGAGCUGGAUCUUCAUGACUGCCAGCCCAGCCAGCAGUGUGUGAACAUGGUGGGCACCUUCAGCUGCCAGUGUCCCGAUGGGUACAGUAAGAUUGGCGUGGAGUGUGUAGAUAUAGAUGAGUGUAGGUACAGGUACUGCCAGCACCGCUGUGUAAAUCUCCCCGGCUCCUUCUCCUGUGAGUGUGAACCAGGCUUCCAGGUGGCCUCCAACAACCGCUCCUGCGUGGACGUGAAUGAGUGCGACAUGGGGGGCCCGUGUGAGCAGCGCUGUUUUAACACCUACGGCACUUUCCUGUGUCGCUGUGACCAGGGCUACGACCUGGCCCCUGAUGGCUACUCAUGCAGUGAUAUUGAUGAGUGUAGCUACUCUAGCUACCUAUGCCAGUUCCACUGUGUGAAUGAGCCGGGGCGCUUCUCCUGUGAGUGUCCAGAGGGCUACGAGAUCCUAGGCACCCGCCUGUGCCAAGAUGUGAAUGAGUGUGACACUGCGACCCACCAGUGUGGGGAGGGACAGUCGUGUGUGAACAUCCAUGGAGGCUACAGGUGUAUGGACAACAACCGCUGCCUGGAGCCCUACGUGCAGGUGUCAGAGAAUCGGUGUGUGUGUCCAUCUACGAAGCCGGAAUGUCGGGAUCUUCCCUUCUCCAUCGUGCACCGGUACAUGAGCAUCACGUCGGAGCGAUCCGUUCCCUCGGACAUCUUCCAGAUCCAGGCCACCAGCGUCUAUCCUGGAGCCCUCAACACCUUCCGUAUCCGCUCUGGAGACGAGCACGGGGAGUUCUACAUCAGGCAAAUCAACAACAUCAGUGCCAUGCUGGUUCUGGCGCGAGCAGUGACCGGACCCAGGGAGUUCAUCCUGGACCUGGAGAUGGUGUCUGUCAACCCACUCCUGAGCUACCAGACCGGCUCCUCGCUACGACUCUUCAUCUACGUGGGGCCCUAUUCAUUCUGAGCCUGCACAGAGGGAGAGGAGGAAGAGGAGGAGGAGGAGGAGAGGAGAGGAGAGGAGAGG